ACCUAAUCCGCCUCCAAAAGCCACGUUUGCAUGACCAAAAGUGUUGAUUAGAUGCCAUGAUUCCCUCUCCACCAGGAUAUUGUAGUAGUUUGCUUGGUGCUCGGUGCUCGAUGCUGCUCUACUUUUCUUCGUCUUUCUAUAUCCAGGGCAUAAUUUUCGUGUCGCCCUCGAUCUGCUUCUGUUCCGUGCCGACACUCCAACUUCCUCUUGUAGUAGCUCUGUAGUAGCCGAGCGAUGACGGACUGGGCGCCGGCGAUCAUAGCGUCGGCGCUGUUCGCUCUCCUGUGCCCGGGAGGCAUCCUGCAGAUGCCCGGCUGGCAGCGGCCCGUCGACUUCAUUAACAUGAAGACCAGCGGGGUGGCCAUCCUAGUCCACGCAGUCAUCUACGGGGUGCUGCUCAUGCUGUUCGUCGUCAUCCUGCAGGCUCAUCUUUACGUGCAAACUGCUUUGUUUGGGUUCUUCUAUGGAGUAGUGGAAUAAUAAAAAAGCAAUGAGCCGGUGAUUAUUCUUACCAGUUACAGGGUACUACAGAAGUCAGAUGGCUCUUGCAGUAACAUUGAGCUUCAGUUUACCGAUCACACGAAAAGCGACGAAAUUUUUGUAUUACCAAGAUCUUGUUUUAGAUAUGGUUUCUGAAAUUCACAAAGGACGAGGGCAUCCUGGGCUGAAACCUGUUUACUUU